AUGGACUGUUACUUUGUUAAAGAAAGAGUGCAGUUAAAUGAAAUUGCGUCAGAAAAGAUUUUGACAGGAGCACAGCUAGCAGACAUGUUCACAAAGGAAUUUGGUAGAGACAGGUUCAUGUCCUUAGUUGUCAAGUUGGGUACCCUUGACUCCAGGGCUGCUUCCGAAGGCAUCGAGGACCAAUCAGGAACUGACAAAUAUCACUUCAGAUUUAAUGAACUAAUAUUAAAGCAUAACACGACACCAAAUAUUCAAAUGGACACGUCAAGUGGCACGGUUGUUCUUGCUACUAGAAGAGAGAACUCCGGAGAUUGGAGGAGAUAUGGAGAAUCAGUACUUGUAGAUGAAAGCAUGAUUGUGCUAAGGAAACGCAUCCAUGAAAUGAAAAUGGUAGAGAGAAAUUAUGAGCCGCCGGAAGAGUGGAUGGAAUGGGAGAAGCAGUGCUAUACAUCCUAUGAUGAAUUUGUAUGUAAAUUUGUGGGGGUAUUGCCCAACAAUUGA